AUGGUGUAUUCAGCAUUGGACAGUGGACUCAAACUUCAGUUUACAUAUUACGAUUUCUUGAAUUUCGUGAAUACUUGUCAGUUUAGUCAUAAAUUCUAUUAUUACUUGAAUUUAGUUGCAAGUAACAUUCUAGCAAGAGAACAUGUUAUCAACGGCUAUGCCAUACACACCACUGUCCCAUCAAGAAAUCAAAGGACAGAAACCCAACCAUGGUCAACUGGAGACAUAGACGAUGAUCCCGCGAGUGACGAAAACAGCGCUAGCAGCAGUGAUGAAAACGAAACAGGCGAUCCUGAAGAACUUUGUACAGUACGAGUUAGUAAUCUGUCACACCGAACCACAAAAUAUUCGAUUCAAAACUAUUUUGAAAACAAGAACAAAUCAAAAGGGGGAGUUGUGAGAAAGGUGGAACUACAGAAUACUCUUAACGUUGCAAUUGUAGUGUUUCGUUAUCACGAAGAUGCCAAGCGAGUGGCAGAAUAUAAAAAACACAAGUUAGACAAUGCCCGCUUAAGCGUGGCUUUGGUAAACCCUAGAGAUGAUAAGGAGACACUUCACAAAGGAAAUAAAAAAUCAAUUAAUGAUACGCCCUCAGAUGAAGCGCUGCCCCUCGAAUUUGUAGUAAGUGGUAUAUCGAAGAUAACAACAGAAGAUGCGCUGAUAAAUUACCUCGAAAGCACUCGACAUUCUGGGGGAGGCGAGGUAGAAGACCUAUCGUUUGAUGAAGUGGAACGUGUUGCUGAAGUAAAGUUUCGGAACGUUAAAUGUCUAGAACGGCUACUUGGCAAUCAACAUCGAAUUGAUGAUAACAACUUGCAAAUAGAAGUCAAGGAGCCAGAGAAAGAAAUACCACUGGAUCCCUCCAGGGUUCAUGUGAAAGGUUUAAGUUCUAAAACAACAAUAAAUGGUCUAGAGUUAUACAUGGAAAAAAUGAGCAAUGGAUCAGAAGUAAAGCACGUGCAGCGUGGAUCCUAUGACAAUGCUCUUAUUUUGUUUAAAGAGCCCAUAGAUUUCAAGGAAUUGGCACAAAGAGUGGAAAACGAUAAAAGAGGCCUGGAAGGCUGUAAGCCCAUUCUGGAAAGCGUUCCAUACUGUUGCUGUAUCCAGGUGUCAGGUUUAGAUGUCAAAACAACGAAAAAUUCAUUAGAAUUGUAUUUUGAAAAUGAAAGAAAAGGAUGUGGAGUGGAGCCUCGUGAAGUAGACCUCCAAGGACAAGGAAGAGCACUUGUGUACUUUGAWGAUCCUUCAGUUAUUGAUAAAGCCUUGAGUAAAAGACACGUAUUGGAGGACGCAGAAUUACAAAUGGAGAUGUUUUACCCUUUCUUGAGUGAGGAAAAAGCAACAAAGAAAAGACAUAACAAGAAAAAGAAAACUGAAGAAAUCGAUAUAGACCCAGAUAUCAUGGCUUGUAUUUCAAGGUGCUAUUCAGAUGAACUGCAGGAUCUACUAGACGAGGCUGGAAUUGACUUGGAGUGGACAACCRAAAAAGAGUCUGCAGUAAUGACAGAAAAWGAAGAGACRACAAAUAAAGGUCAGCCUUGGGGAAAACGAAUUAAAUUUCUGCAGGAAUAUUUUGGCGAUUUCAAAUGCCAGCGAAUCAGUGUUGAGGCUAAAGUUUGGGAUGAAGUACUGGAAGCUAUCAAGAAAGAACUGACUUCUAAGGAUGAAUUUAKUGAUACUGAUWUCACAACCCAUGAAUCAGCAAAUGAGAUUAAAAUUACUGGAAAAAAUGACUGCCUGCAAAUAGCAGUAAGUGCAGUAGAAACAUUGGUUCGCGGGAUACAAGACGACAAAGCUCUACAAGAUUCCAUCGAAACWRMGGUGGAGAAAGAYUUAGRAUCAGGGAAACUGGCUCUUUUGAAGAUUUCUGAUCUUUUUCAAGACCUUCAAGUAUCUAACAAGCAUGUUGACAUGGAAGUCAAAGAAAAUGAUGGAGAAGUCAUCAUAAAAGGGCCCAGAAAAUGUCUCCAGGAAAUAAGUAUUGAGUUGUACAAGUUCUUUUCCAAGGUCAAAGAAGAAAUUUUAGAAUUACCUGAAAGAAUUAUCGGAGUCCUCCAGACUCCCAAGGGAAGAGACUAUGUUUGUAAAUCUCUUUCACAWAAUCAGAUACAAGCGGUACUUGUCCAUGGUCAAAGGAAAGGUAAAAAUGAAGCUUCAAUAUUUGCCRUAAACAAGGACCAGGCAAGACAAGCAAUGAAGCUCAUCGAGUCAUUUUCAACAGAAAGAAGUAUCCAUCUCAAAGACGAAAACAUUCCAGUUAUCCAAAGUCGAAAAUGGAAUGAACUCGUAGCGAGCUUCCAGGAAGCACAAACCGUGGUGAAUAUCUGGUUUGAAGAACAGUGUCAAACGCUAUGGAUAAGCGGAGUUGAGCAUGAUGCACUAGAAUGCUUCACGGUUGUGGAAAGCUACAUCGAGAAAAAUACAAUUCUGGAAGACAACGUCGCGGUCAGCGAUGGUUGCUCAAGGUUCCUUUUCCAAAGAUUCGACAAUGAAAUCAAAGAUCUUCAUGCCGGAUUGCGUGAUGCCUUUGUAAAAAUACAGCCAGGUGAUUGCGGUGAAAUAAGACUAACUGGUACACGUGAAGGCAUUGAGAAAAGUAAAGAAUUUGUGAUGUCUUUAGUCCAAGAGGUAUGUGACGAGGAAAUUAAAAUCGAUAAACCAGGCAUGAAAAAGAUCUUUAAGUCGAGCAAAGGCGCUAAAGUUAUUAAAGCCAUAGAAGCUGAAAACAAGUGCACUGUCGAGUUAGUUGACCUGGAUCAGCUGGAGGAGCAGGGAGCAAGCUUUUCGAAAGGAAUGGCUGGCUCCAAAAGAGUGGCGAAUGGAGAGGUAAUUUGCAGCUACACCACAAUAGAAAGGAAAAAGCUCGUCGUCUAUAAAGAUGAUCUUACGAAACAUCCAGUGGAUGUGAUCGUCAAUGCAGCCAACGAGAAUCUUCAGCAUGUUGAAGGUUUGGCAUUGGAUAUUGUUAGAGUCGGCGGCCAAGGAAUACAAAGUGAAUGUAACAGAUACAUAAACACACAUGGUCCACUUAUCGAGGGCCAUGUGCUGGAAACAGGACCUGGACAGCUACCAUGUAAAAGAAUUAUCCACGCUGUUGGUCCUCGCUGGGAUUCAUUCAGAGAUCAAGGAGAUAGCGGGUCAAGAAGAAAGAAGAAUAUCCUAAGGUUUACCUUUGAGAAUUGUCUCGAAAGUGCAAAGAACUACCGUUCAAUAGCCGUCCCUGCAGUCAGUAGUGCAGGCAUAUUUGGAUUUCCCCUUGAUCUUUGUGCAAGUAUUUUGGUGGAAACCGUCAUAACUUUCUUCCAGAAGAAUCCUCAUUGCAAUCUCUCUGAGGUCCAUUUUACAAAUAUUGAUGACAUGACCGUWAAAGCGUUCUUUGAUGAAAUGAAAAGGCAGUUUGGUAAAGAACGAACAUUCAACGAAGGAAUGGCCAAGCUGACUUCGCUCAGUUCCAAUCGCUAUCAAGAGUCCAAGUCAACUUCCACUUCUUUUCUUGCUUCAUCAAGUGGUAAAGUACUGACCACUUCUGAGGGCAUUUCAAUAUUCGUUAGCAAUGGAGAUAUAUCUCAAGAGAAAGCCGAUGUUCUGGUUAAUACAGCUGGAGAAGACUUGAACUUACAGAAUAAUGCCUGCGCACGUUCCUUUAGUAAGGCUGCAGGACCGGAUUUGCAGAGAUAUUGUAGCAAGAUAUCACCAGUGAAAGUGGGAGAAAUUGGUGUAACUAAACCAGGUCAUCUCCAAUGUCAACACGUAUUCCAUGCUGUUUGUGGAGGCUGGGACAGUGGAAAGGGCGAAAAGAUACUUCGGGGAAUUCUUCAGAAAUGUCUCAGCUUUGCAGAAAGAAGAGGGGCAAAUUCCAUUGCAAUUCCUGCAAUUGGAACUGGUGUAUUACAAUUUCCACGUAAAGUUGUGGCUCGGAUUUCCUUCGAAGAAGUUAUUUCAUUCAGUAAAAGUCGACCCAAUUCCAUACUGAUGAUUUUUUUCUGUCCUGUAGAAAUAUCGUUGCCGGACGAUUGGGACYCCCAACCACUGAGCAGUAGCGGUAGCGAGGUAACAGUUCAUCUUGUCGAUCUUGAUCGUCGCAAACACGUUAAUGAAUACCUAAAGAUUAGUGAUCUUGUAAAGAAAACCCUMCCCGCAUCAAACAAGAUCAAGAAAAUACAACGCGUUCAGAAUCCAGCACAGUACAAGAUAUAUGCUGUGAGGAAACAAAGGAUGGACGAGGAAAAGAGCACAGGUAGUAAUGAAAAGAUGCUGUUUCAUGGUACCCAACCAGAGAGCUGUGGUAGUAUCAAUGCAAUGGGAUUCAACAGGAGUUAUGCAGGGCGAAAUGCUACUUACUACGGUCAAGGAGUGUACUUCGCUGUAGAUGCAGAAUUCUCUGCGAGAUCAAAUUACUCGCCACCAGAUCCAAAUGGCAAUCGUUAUAUGUACGUGGCACGUGUAUUAACGGGUGAAUAUACUGUUGGGGAC